AUGGCUAAGGAUGAGAGAGAUUGCUCCGGGCAUGUGCUACAUGAGUGCCUUCUUCUCUUCGAACGAAUCCUCUGUAGAGAAGCUCAGCACCGAAUCCCCGGCCUUCGCCUCGUCGGAGUAGGCGCCGUCGGAGUCAGGACCAUCGGGGAGGAAGCAGAAGCUUCAGUUGUUCACGAAUCCGUUUCAGGUUCUCGGGAAGAGGCGAAGGAAUAG